AUGGACUGCCACGAGCUGCGCUGGCAGCAGAUGAACUCGCGGCGCGAAUUGUCACUGUCGUCGAGGAUGCGCUCAUUAGAGCGUGGGAGAUCGCGGACGCGUUCGCCACAGAGGGCGGCGUACCGCGCGGAUCUGGUGACACGCGUGGGAGGACGCCAAGAAGGAGGCGAGGCCGAUCUGCACGUGCGGACGGAGCCCAGGCCUAGACCGUCCUGCAACGAUCCUUGGAAUCUGGCAGGCGGCCAGCAAGGAGCGGGUGAAAGGCGUCGCAAAUACGCGGGCGUGGCGGACUCGUCGGAUUCGGCAAGCGAGGCCGAUGGCAAGGAGGAGAAGGAAGGGGUCGCAGAAGAAGAGCGCGACGCGGAUGCAGAUCGUGCGCCAGAGGAGAUGCGCGGGAGUGACGCGAGGCGCCAGGGGCAAAUCGCGGAUGCAGAUCGUGCGCCAGAGAAGAUGUGCGGGAGUGACGCGAGGCGCCAAGGGCAAAUCGCGGAUGCAGAUCGUGCGCCAGAGGAGAUGCGCGGGAGUGAAGUGAGGCGCCAGAGGAAAAUCGCGGAUGCAGAUGGUGCGCCAGAGGAGAUGCGCGGCAGUGACGUGAGGCGCCAAGGGCAAAUCGCGGAUGCAGAUCGUGCGCCAGAGGAGAUGCGCGGGAGUGACGCGAGGUGCCAGGGGCAAAUCGCGGAUGCAGAUCAUGUGCCAGAGGAGAUGCGCGGGAGUGGCGCGAAACGCCGGGGGAACAGGGCGGCAGAUCACUCGCCCAAGGGACCGCGUGGAGGUGAAGCGAGGCGCAGCAGGAGCAAAGCAGCUGAGCCCUUGUCAAGGGAGCGAGGGGAGGAGGAGAAGAGUCGUGCUGCGCGGAGCCAGGACAAAGCCGGGCGGGCAGGAAGCGUAUGGCGAUGGGAGGAAGGAGAUCACCGGAGUGGUCGGAAGAGGAGGAGGACGAGGAUUACGAAGGAAAGCGCGUUCAGAACUCGCCAGCAAGGAGGCGGCGGCCGGAGGGGAGGGCGCGAGGCAGGGGUAGCGAACGUUUGUCACCCAGCGCCUCAGAGGCAGAUGCGGGAGCGCGUCGCGUGCGUACCAGCAGCAGCAGAAGCAGAGGAGAAGGACGAGCAGGUGGGGGCAGGAGUGGGUGUACUUGCAGCAGCAAAAAUAGAGGAGAGGGACGAAGAGGCGGGGGCCAGGGCGUGUGUACCAGCAGCAGCAGAAGCGGAAGGGAAGGGCGAGAAAGAGGGAGCAGUGAAGAAGGGAGGGAAGACGGGGCUGAGCAGUACAGACAUGGGAGGGAGUAGUUGGCAGCCAUCGCUAAGGACAGCGGAGUUGUUCGGGGAAAUCGGGGCAGGGGUGAAGACUGGUGUGACGGUGAAGGAUUGGACGCAAGCAGAGGAGCAAGCGCAGGGACUUAAGCUGGCGGAGCAGCAUGUGAGGAAGCUGCGGGGAGGAAGGCCAGAGCUUCUGGGGGAAGAAAUGAUAGAAGAAGCAACGAGAGGCAAGGCCCAGGAGCAGGAGGAAGCAGAGCGGGAGAGUAAGGAAGUGGGGGCAUGGGAGCCCCUAGCAGCGGGGAAAAAGCUCAUUAAGGCAACAGAGCCGGGUGAGAGUAGCCGGGAGCUGGACGAGGGAUGA